AUGCACUUCACCCUUCCCGCCAUCACCCUCGCCCUUGCGGCCGCAGUCAGCGCCAGCAACCCCAUCCAAGCCGCCUGGAACGUAACCCGCUCCUACAAGGACGUCAGCCAACAAGUCGUGUCUUUCGAAAUCACCGCCGUCUACGUCGACGAGGAAUACCCCGAUGGUCUCGAGUCAAAGUGCACCUGGGUUGAGAAGGGCAUUGUCUACAACGUCCAGUGCACACCCGACACUUUCUCGCUUGAGCCCCAGCGCGAUGGUCUGACUAUGAAGGUUCACCAGACUAUCGAGAAGCCGAACCAGCAGGUCGUGUAUGGAGAGGGCGAGGUACCCAGGAGUGGGCAUGCUGUUAUUCCUGUUAACGCUCGUGUCGCUUAG